UACACUGGCUGAACCUCCACAGAGAAGCAAAAUGGCCGAUAGUAAACUAACCGAUCACACAGCGACAGACAGUCGUCAAGGGGAUAUGCAUUUUUUGUUUACAGCUUGAGAACUACGUUCGCGCAAGAAAAAAAAGGAGUAGUUGCGGGUUUCCCCUCCACUUUUUCUACGAUUAAAAUUUUUUCGCCUGCCGGUGAUGUCAUUUCUUACCCAAUUCAGCUUUGAAAGCCUCGAAGAACUAGCUCGCUAGGCUAGCUGCCUUGCUAGCCUGCUAGCGGUGGGUCUGCAAGCAUUUUUGCACAGAAGCACUUUAUGUCCUGCGUGAUUCCCGAGACAGGAGAAUCAAGAAGGGGAACAGCAGUUCAUGGAAGACAAGAAAAAGAAGAAAGAAGAGAAAAAGAAAAGGGAAACCUCUCAGAAGGUGCCAGAACAGAAAAUCAAAGUGCCAGAACCAGCCAAGCCCUCCUGCUCCCAGCCGCUCGCCACCCCAGGCUCAGUGUCCCCCAGCCCUGGCCCUGUUUCCCCGCCGUCCCCCAGUCCUGGUGCAGGUGGGGGUUCCGCCCAAGUCCCUCCUGGUGGCGGGAACAAUGCAAAGCAGCGGACUGCUGUGGCCAACGGACAGCCCUCCUCCUCCUCGUCUCCUUCCGGAAGUCAAAGUUCGCAGCAGCAGCAGCGCUACAUGUCUAGAGAAGUCCCACCGCGAUUUCGCUGCCAGCAGGACCAUAAAGUGCUACUGAAGAGGGGCCAGCCGCCGCUGUCCUCCAUGUUGUUGGGGGGAGGGGAAGGCAGCGGUGGAGGGGUCGGAGGAGGCAGCGGCUGGGAUGCUGCCCCGUCCUCGCAGGGGGCAGAUGGCCCUAAUGCAAACACAGAUGGAAGUACAGAUUCCAACAUGGGUUCAUCCUCCCCUUCACCCCCCAACUCAUCCUCAUUUUGUGUCGCUGCUCUGUUGUCUUCUACUACUACUUCAACUUAUGCAAAUUCCACAUGGGGGGCGGGCUCCAGCAGCCAGUCCUCCUCUCAGGGCUGCAGGAAGGUGUUUAUGGACGGGACUGACCUGGAUGACUGGCCCAGCAUCACUGCUGGCCCCAAACUGAGUUCUGAAGGGGCCGGAGGAGGGGUGCAGGAGCCGGACUGCCCUGGUAACAACAACAGUAGUGCCUCAUGGGGGGAGAGAAACAUGCAGCAGAAGGGAGGAACUGCAGGAGGAGGAGGAGGAGAAGGGAACAUGGACAAUCUUUCCCCACCUCACUCUUCUCCUCUUUCUUCUUCCUCCUCGCCUAAUGAAUGUGCUCAGCCAAGUGGUUCAGGGGUCUCUUCCACCUCGUCCCAAGUGGAGGUAGGCCAAGGCUCGGCAGCAUCUUACAAUUCCAAAGUCUCCCAUCUUCCUGGGCCUCAAGAGAGCCCCUUCGGUGGCAGCAGCAGCAUCCCUGGUGCCAACUUCAACCCUAAUGUGAACCCGUCCGCCUGGCCCGCCCUGGGCCAGAGCGGGACCCUUGUCUCGUCUAGCGGCGGCUCAUCGCAACACUCGUCCGUCACGUCAGCUUCCUCAUUCUCUGCCAGCACCACUGUCGUUACCACUCAGACACUUUCAUCUGUGAAUCAACCUGGGCCCUACCAGCAGCACACGGAAACGGUUGCGGGAGCCGAGACUGGAGAACAGCAGCACUUAGGAAAUCCAGGGCCAGAGCCGUGCUCGGGCGGGGCGGGGAAAGAAGCGGGACCAAAUCAGGAGGGCGGCGUCGAGGGAAACUCUGAGGUUGCUGGCGAAGCAAGUGGGAGUACUUCUGGCUCUUUGUCUUCCUCCUCUGCUGCCUCUUCGUCUUGGAGCGCCGUGCCUCCGGUGUCCUCCGAGCUGGGCACAGGUGUCGCCCAGCCAGAGGGGUGGGGCGGAGGCGGGACCGGAGCUCAGGGGCAGGAAGGGAGCGUUUGGAGGUUCGGUAGCCAGGACAACAAAGCGGGGUGGGGAAGGGGAAGUGGCGGGGGGUCAACCAACCAAGUCGUAUCUCAGGGAGCUUGGGAAGGCGGAAGUACGGAAGCAAAUUGGGGCGGCGCUUCGGAAAGUGCAAGUUCUGUUAAUUUAGCAAUAGGAAGUGGAGGAGAAGCGGACGGGAGCAGCAUCAGCAGCAGUACGGACAGCGGGGGCGGUGGUGGCAGCUGUGCGGAGGAGCCCGCCUCACAACAUUUAGCAAAUAUGACAAAAGCUUGGGACAAUCAGAAAGGGAUGGAAGGUGGGGACGGGGCAGUGGGGGAGUGGGGAGGAGCAGGAGGGCAGGGUGGAGCCGUCGGAGGUGGUGGAGGUCAGUCAUCGUCCAGUGGCGGCGGCUCCUUAGCUGGAAGCGGCAGUGGACAGAAGGAGCGCGCUGCGCGGCAACGCUCCGACCAGUCCUCCGGGGCAGAAGUGGCCUUAAUUAGCAUGCUCAACCGGUCUGACCUGGACCCCCGGGUUCUGUCCAACACGGGCUGGGGCCAGACUCAGAUAAAGCAGAACGUGGCCUGGGACCUGGACGCCUCGAAGGGUGUGGGGAACGGAAACGAAAGGAACCCCUCAUCUUCCUCUGCAUUCUCAUCAGCAACCAUAAACACUACCACAGUUCGCAGCUCGAGGUACCCAUCUGAAAGUGGCCCCGUGUCUAACGAUGGCCCGUCUGGCAGCAUGAACUCUGGCUCUGCUUCAUCCAGGGAUAAUUGGGAUGGUGGCAGCACGCAGCCCGCCGGCGGUCCUUUUAUGCCUAGUAGCAACACGAGGAAGCCGGGAUCGCCAGAGGACGACGUGCAGGGCGGCCAGGGGAAGGCGGCCGGGGGAUGGGGGGAAGCACCCGAAAAAGAGGGCAAAGGAUGGAGGACAGACGACCAACAAUGGGCAGGUCACAGAGGAGGAAGGAAAAACUGGCAAGACUUUGAACAACAGGGUAGUGGGUGGGGCGACGGAGCACAAGAUAAAGGAACAGGAGGAUGGAAGGGAUCUACGAGAGGAGAGACGGGAGGCUGGGGAGAGGAAUGGGGAAAGAGAGAGUCCACUUCUGGAGCAGGCUGGGGAGACGGGAGGAGCCGAGUCGCCAGCAACUCCGAUGAGGGAUCCUCCUGGGGAAACUUGGACGAAGGGGGAUCUCAGCGGGGAGGUUGGGGAGGAGGAGGAGGAGGCGGAGGAGGAGAUGUGGGUGGAGGCAAAUCCCACCAGGACUGGGGGGGCGCCAAACCCAACGCAGCACCGAUACCAAACAGCCAAGUGGCACCACCGAAAGCCCAAAAUCCACAGCAGCAGCAGCAAUCACAGGGCCCGCAUCCGCCGGGAGGGUGGAGCUGCCGGCCAGGCGUCGGAGGCGGAGGUCCACUUUCAAAGAACCAGAACCAAAGUUUAGGCUGGACCUCUGGCCCGAUUCCUCAAAUCUCCGGGGGAGCGUGCGACUCCCUGGAGCCCAGCGGCUGGGAGGAGCCUUCCCCUCAGUCCAUCAGUCGGAAGAUGGAGAUCGAUGACGGCACGUCGGCCUGGGGAGACCCAACGCGCUACAACAACAAGAACGUGAACCUGUGGGACAAGAACAGCGCGGCACCGGGCCCGAAUCACAGCCAGCAGGGCCCGCCCCCGCCGGCGCCGCCGCCGGUCCAACAACCUCCAAGAAGGCAGCACAGCAUCAACUCCAACCCUGGCAGCGGCGCAGUGGGCAUGUGGGGAGGGGGUGCCCAGAGUAUGGACGACGGUACAGCCGCCUGGGGCCAGGGCUCGGAUGCUGCAGCAAGUUGGGGCGACCCUGAUGAUUCCAGCAAAGCGUCUGGCUGGAGGAACCCCUCGCCCAACCCCAGUAAACCCGGAGGAAAGUCCGUAGAGACCUGGGGCGGGAAGGGGGACAGCUCCAUCGUGGCGUCCAGGCAUCCCAGCUGGGAGGAGGACGAGGACAGCGGCGGUGGAGUCUGGAACAACACGGGCUCUCAGGGAAGCGCCUCUUCGUUCAACUCUGGAGGCUGGGGCCAGGGGCAUGCUGGGAAGAGAGGAAACAUCAAGAGUGGAGGAGGAGGAGACAGCUGGAUGAAUCCAGUGUCACGGCAGUUUUCCAACAUGGGUCUUCUGGGUGACGAUCCAGGUGUCGACAAAAAGAUGGAUGGCGACAAGAGAGGAAUAAACGACUAUAACGGAGAGAUGCGAAGGGGAGGAAGGAGUGGAGGAGGUUACCGCAUGCCUAGUUCCAAAGACAUGGGCCCUGGUGACAUGGGGCCCUAUGGUGAUAAGAUGGGCGGCCAUGGAGUGUUUGUUGCUGGUGGAGGAGGGAUGCCUCCGCCUCGAGGGAUGCACCAGCCCGGCAUGCAUUCGAUGAACUCCUCCACGGGGUUGCGGGCUCAAGUGCCUCAUCAGUUCCUGUCUGCUCAGGUGCCGAGCCCCAUGCUGAAGCAGAUGCCCUCUCCUGGUGGCAGUGUGGGGGGAGUGGGAGGUGUCGGCGGCGUUGGAAGUGUCGGCGGUGUCGGCGGAGGAGUCUUCCCGCCCCAGAUUUCCCCGCAGCAGCUGCAGAUGCUCAGCAACAUUUACCCCCACAUGCAGCAGUUCCAUCUGGCUUGUCAGCUCCUGAUACAGCAGCAGCAGCAGCAGCAGCAGCUCCUGCAGAACCAGAGGAAGUUCCCCCAGCCUCAGCCUCUCAGACAGCAGACGGACCCCCAGCAGCUGGCGAGGAUCAUGGCUAUUCUCCAGCAGCAGAGGCAACAGCAGCAGGUCGGAGGAGCCACGCCUGGAAGCGGGAACUCCAAGCUGUCCCCCUCUCACCUGGGAGGAGGCGUGCCCAAGCAAUCCAUGGUCGACCCCCUUACGCACGCUGGAAUGGGGGGUCCCUUAUCAGACCUUCACGCCAAAUCACAAGGAAUGUACACAGGGCUUACAGCUGGCGGUAACCUGUCUACAUUAGAGCUCAGUCCCAUGAUGGGGGGCAUGAAGGACAUGAGCGGACAACAGUCCCGCUUCAAAUGGAUGAUGGAGGGACAUUCCCCAGCUCCCUCUCCUCCAGACUCGGCCCUUCACAAGAACGGCCCUUUACCCAGCGCCAUAAAGGUCCGAGGAGGGUCUCCUUACUCCCAGUAUGAAAUGCUGGGCAGUGAAGGUUUAGGGAUCCCACCUCAGGGCUCUGCAGACAGCUGGCACCGAACUCCUGGUAGUAAAAUGGGAAACAAACCUGCCACUUCAAGCUGGCCUCCAGAGUUCCAGCCUGGUGUGCCAUGGAAAGGAAUCCAGAGCUCUGGGGACCCGGAGUCUGAUCCCUACAUGACCCCUGGUAGAGUCAUUGGCUCCCCCGCGUCCCCUAACCUCAGCGAUCCUGACCACCCGUUACUGCGAGACAAUAUAGGGCCAAACCCCUCCCUCAACACCUCGCUGCCUUCACCUGGUGCCUGGCCCUACAGUGCCUCAGACAGCUCCCUCAGCAAUGCACACAGCACAGGAAAGUACUCCGAGUACAAGCCCAGCUGGCCUCCAGAGCCCAUCGGACAAAACAAAUUAUGGAAGACCAAUCGCAAUAGCUCACAGCUGCCGCGCCCCCCUCCUGGCCUAACCAAUCAGAAGCAGGCCUCGCCCUCCCCGUGGGGAACUGGAGGUCCACGGUUGGCCCGGAGCUGGGGAGGGAUGAAUCAAGAGUCAAGAUUUGGGUCAGGCUCAGCUUGGAGUGAUGGCGGUACCUCUAGAGGCAGCUUCUGGCUGCUGCUGAGAAAUCUCACCCCUCAGAUUGAUGGCUCCACCCUGAGGACUAUCUGUAUGCAGCAUGGCCCCCUGCUGACCUUCCAUCUGGGCCUAACCCAGGGCAGCGCUCUGGUUCGAUACAGCAGCCGGCAGGAGGCGGCCAAGGCUCAGAGUGCUCUUCACAUGUGUGUUCUGGGAAACACCACCAUCCUGGCUGAAUUUGUGAGCGAAGAAGAGGUGGCACGCUAUUUUGCACAUUCCCAGGCCGAAGGGGCCGGCUCAGGAGGAGCCGCUGGCAACGGAGCGCCCGGCUCGACCGUAGCGGGCACGGCCGUGGCCAGCGGCGGCGGCGGCGGCAGCUCCCCUGGGAGUGAGCGGCCGGCGGUGGGCGCGUCCUCAGGCGGAAAUGGAAACGGCGGCGCCGGAGGGGAACGGUCGUCCGGCUCCGGGUGGCAGAGUCUCGAUGGUACUGGCGCUUCUUCGGAAACGUCCUCAGCCCAAGGACCGGGGCUGGCGGUGUUUUCCCAGUGGAGCACCAACGGGGCAGGGGAAGGAGGCGUCGGCGGGGUAGAGAGCGGGAGGUCCGGGCUUUGGGGGGGCAUAAACGCAGGAUACUCGAGCAGCAGCCUGUGGGGAGCGCCGCAAAUGGAGGAGAGGCACCAAAUGGACAGCUCUGCUGGACUGUUGCCUGGCGACCUGCUCGGGGGAGGGGCCGACUCCAUCUGACGAGACCUCUCCAACGAGUACGAUUGGAUACGAACACACUGAUAGGGCAUACACUGGGAUACAUAUGUACUUAAUAUGGCACACACAUUUACAUGAUAUGCAUAUUGAUGUACUGAAAACAAAUAACGAUGCGUACGUAUACUAGUAUGCAUAUUAAUGUGCACACACUUAAAGCAGAAAUGUGAGACAUGCUUACACACAUUCUCAUGGCCAGACUUAAGCUAUUAUAUAAAAAACAAAUGCAGGGACUGUUAGAUGUGUAUUCAGCCUUUUUUUCCACACAUGAAGAUUUCAACUGCUUAGACUUGAAACCUGAAAAAAGAAUGAAAAAGGGUCAGUGAGUCUUAAAGACUCGACUCGACUGGAUCGCAACGUGCUUAGUAAGUAGGGGACUUUUUAAAACCGAUUUACAUGAACAUGCACACACCAAAUACAGAGAAGCCUUCAGACAGACAGGCACUGUAAACAGCAUUACCUUCAUCAGAUAAAGAGAACACUGAGGUCUAGAGCGGAGUUUGUAUUCACAUCCCCUUAAAGACAGAGAUUGAAUCCAAACACAUGCAAACGGCUCUGAUUGAGAUCAGGGCCGGAUCUUACUGUGUAUGUUAAGUUUGAUUUUUUUUUUUUUUUUUUUUUUUUUUCUGUUUGGAUGUAUGAUUUUAAUUUCUUGAUUAGUGAAAUUUUGAGAGAGAGAGAGAGAGAAAAAAAAAAAGUCAUUGAUCUGUUUUCAAAAUGCUGACCUCCUACUGUUGUAUCUCACGCACUCUUGUUUUUUUUUUUUGUUUUUUUUUUAUUUUCUAUUCGUUCUCGAACAUGUUUGUUACUGUUACGGUGAUACAUGUUUAAUUGCUGGCAUUUUCAGGCUACGAUGCAUUUCUCCACGUGUCGACGCUGCGUGCGGCGUCAUACACAUUAUGAGUAUGAGUGAGACUGAGAGACCAAGUAAGUGGAUUAAACCACCGCAGUCGCUGUGCAUGUGUGCGAGAAUGUGACGACGAUGUGUGUGUGUGCAUGGUAAUGCCUGUCUAAAUGUGGGCAAGGCUGCUUACUUAUACAGAAGGUCUAUACAAAAAAAAAAAUGUUAUGAGUGCAUUUGGUUUUCUGCUGACUUUGUGUUAAGAAAUAUUGGCACUAAUGCUUUUUUUUUUUUUUUCCCCUUUCAUUUGAAGUGUUUUUUUUUUUGUGUUUUUUAGUAGAUAUGUCUUUUUUUAUUGUCUGACCUGCAAUAAUAAAAAAACAAAAAACAUUUAAAUGACACAAAGAGCUGAAGGCAUAUGCGUUAAAAUGGACAUGCCAAAUCUUAUCAAACUGUGUGCAGUGGGAGGGGAGGGGAAGGGAGGGGCGGGGCGGGUUGUUUACAGAUACAGUGUAAGCGUUACUGUUCGUUUUUAAUGGUUUGUUGUUGUGCAUUUGUUUUAAAUUAAGACAGGCUUUCACACUCCUGUUCAGUGUUUUCGUUUUGAGAUUUUACAGAAGAAAAUUUUAUUUAAACAAUGAGAACAAGAUUAAUAAAGAUGAAAGUAUUGGCUUCUAA